AAAUGGAUCAGGUUAACGUCAAGGGAGAGAAUGUUAGUGAGCUACUUGAAGCUCAAGCUCACGUUUGGAGCCACAUCUUCAGCUUCAUAAAUUCCAUGUCUCUGCAGUCAGCUGUUGAUUUAGACAUUCCUGAUAUCAUUCAAAACCACGGCAAGCCGAUGACCGUCACCGAGUUGGUCGCGGCAUUACCGACGCUCAACCCUACCAAGGCCUGCAACAUCUACCGGCUCAUGCGUAUUUUAGUUCACUCGGGCUUCUUUGCAAAACAAAAGCUUGGCGUCGGCGAUGGCGAUGGUUAUGUUCUUACCAACGCUUCUCGUCUCCUUCUCAAGGAUAAUCCCUUGAGCGCAAUACCAUUUUUGAAAUCCAUGCUAGAUCCAAUUUUGAUGAAGCCAUGGCAUUUUCUUGGGACCUGGUUCCAAAAUGAUGAUCGGACCCCAUUUGUUACUACACAUGGGGAGAUGUUGUGGGACUAUUGUAGCCAUGAUUCACAUGUAAACAAUUCUUUCAAUCAAGGCAUGGCUAGCGAUGCUCGACUCGUAGCUCGAAUUUUGAUUGACAAGUAUAAGGAGGCAUUUGAGGGAUUGAAUUCCUUGGUGGAUGUUGCAGGGGGCACAGGAACACUGGGAAAGACCAUUGCUGAUGCAUUUCCACAUUUGGAGUGCACUGUGUUUGAUCUUCCUCAUGUUGUUGCUGGCCAACAAGAUAGUGGGAACGUGAAAUAUGUUGGAGGAAACAUGUUCGAGCAAGUUCCGGCUGCAGAUGCAGUUUUACUAAAGUGGAUAAUGCACGAUUGGAGUGACGAUGAAUGUGUGAAGAUUUUGAAGCGAUGUAAAGAGGCAAUUAGCAGUGGAGGCAAAGAGGAAGGGAAAGUGAUGAUAAUAGACAUGGUAGUGAUGAAGAACAAGAAAGUGAAUGAAGAAGGGUUGGACUUGAUGGAAACGCAGCUCUUCCUUGAUAUGGUGAUGAUGGUGUUGAUGACUGGAAAAGAGAGAGACGAGGAAGAAUGGGCUAAGCUGUUUUCUGCAGCUGGGUUUAGUGGUUAUAAAAUUAUUCCUAUUCUAGGUUUGAGAUCCCUCAUUGAGGUUUAUCCUUGAUAAUGAAGUUACAACUCUCCGUUUAAAC